AUGAGGGCGAAGCCGGUGUCCGGCUCCUGCCGCCCGCAGCUGCCCCCGCGGCGGGAGGUGGUGGCCGGUGAGGGCGCUGGCACCCUGCCGUCCGCUGAGAAAGAAGGGCAGGGCUUCGGGUUCAACCGGGGCGACCCGGACAUCGUCAAGUCUCCCAGCGACCCGAAGCAGUACAGGUAUAUCAGAUUACAAAAUGGUUUGCAUGCAUUACUCAUUUCUGAUAUAAAUAAUAUGGAGGAAGAAUCCUCAGAAGAAGAGAGUAGUGCUGAGUCUGAGACUGAAACUGAUGAUGGCAGUGACUCAGGAGCAGACAUGGAAGGUGAUGAGGAAGGCUGUGAUAACAGGGAUGAUAAGGACAGUGAUAAAGCUGAGGAGGAUCCUAGUGAUUCUGAUAUGGAAAUUGAAGAGUUAACAGGAAAAGAAGAAUCAGAGGUAGAACCAACUGAAAAGGAAGAGGAAGAUGAGAGUACAGAGAAACUGUCUGCUGCUGCUCUUUGUGUUGCUGUUGGCAGUUUUUGUGACCCUGAAGAUUUGCCUGGCUUAGCACACUUUCUUGAACAUAUGGUGUUUAUGGGCAGCUUAAAGUAUCCAGAUGAGAACGGGUUUGAUGUGUUCCUGAAGAAGCAUGGUGGCAGUGACAAUGCAUCAACUGACUGUGAACGAACAGUCUUCCAUUUUGAUAUUCAGCAGCAGUACUUCAAAGCAGCACUUGAUAGAUGGGCACAGUUUUUCAUUCACCCCUUAAUGAUCAGGGAUGCAAUUGACCGUGAAAUUGAAGCUAUUGACAGCGAGUAUCAGCUAGCAAAGCCUUCCGAUGCCAACAGGCAUGAGCUACUCCUAGGAAGCCUUGCCAGACCUGGGCAUCCAAUGAGAAAGUUUUUCUGGGGCAAUGCAGAGACAUUAAAGCAUGAGCCGAAUAAGAAUAACAUUGAUAUCUAUACCAGGCUGAAGGAUUUUUGGCAGAGCUAUUACUCUGCUCAUUAUAUGAACUUAGUUGUUCAAUCUAGAGAAACGUUGGACACUUUGGAGAGUUGGGUUACAGACAUUUUUUCACGGAUUCCAAAUAAUGGUUUACCAAAACCAAGUUUUGAUCAUCUGACAGAGCCUUUUGACACGCCAGAGUUUCACAAGCUUUACAGAGUUAUUCCAGUCAGAAACAUCCAUCUGUUGCAUAUCACUUGGGCACUGCCCCCACAAGAGAGAAAUUACAGGGUAAAACCACUACACUAUAUCUCCUGGCUGGUAGGACAUGAAGGCAAAGGCAGCAUUCUUUCUUUUCUUAGGAAAAAACUUUGGGCUGUUGCAUUAUCUGGAGGAAAUGCUGAGGCGGGUUUUGAACAGAACUCCAGUUACUCUAUCUUCAGCAUUUCUAUUACUUUGACUGGUGAAGGUUAUGAGCAUUUCUAUGAGGUUGUGCAUGUUGUAUUCCAGUAUCUGAAAAUGCUUCAGAAAGUAGGUCCAGAUAGAAGAAUUUGGGAAGAGAUUCAGAAGAUAGAUGAAAAUGAAUUUUCUUUCCAGGAUCAGACUGAUCCAAUUGAUUAUAUUGAAAAUAUUUGUGAAAACAUGCAUCUCUUCCAUAAGCAGGACUUUCUGACAGGAGAUCAACUUCUAUUUGAAUACAAACCUGAAGUCAUUUCUGAUGUCCUUGACCUGCUCUGCCCUCAGAGAGCUAAUCUUUGUCUGUUGUCUGCUGACAAUGAGGGAAGGUGCCCUCUAAAGGAGAGAUGGUUUGAGACGCAGUACAGUGUAGAAGACAUUGACCAAUACUGGGCUGAUGUGUGGGCUUGUGACUUUGAGUUAAAUUGGGACUUGCACCUUCCAGAAGAAAAUAAAUAUAUAGCCACUGAUUUCUCCCUAAAGGCACCUGAUUUCCCCAAGGUGGAUUAUCCAGUCAAAAUUCUGAAUAUGCCACAGGGAUGCAUGUGGUACAAGAAAGACAAGAAAUUCAAGAAACCUAAAGCUUAUGUACAUUUCCACCUGAUUUCUUCACAGGUACAACAGUCUGCAAAGAGUGUGGUGCUUCUAGACAUUUUUGUUAGCAUCCUCUCUCUGAAUCUCUCAGAACCAGCAUAUGGAGCUGAUAUUGCUAAACUGAAGUACAAACUAGUGGCUGGAGAGCAUGGUUUGAUCAUUAGAGUGAAAGGAUUCAAUCAUAAACUGCCUCUACUGUUUCAGCUCAUCAUUGAUCAUGUGUCUGACUUCAGUUUUACUCCAGCUGUUUUUCAGAUGAUUAAAGAGGAACUAAAAAAGACUUAUUUCAAUAUGCUCAUCAAACCAGAGGUGCUAGCCAAGGAUCUACAUCGUGUAAUUUUGGAGCAUGGCAAGUGGUCUGUGAUAGACAAAUACAGGAGAUUAAUGAAGGGACUUUCUGCAGAAUCUUUGUUAUCAUUUGUUAAGGCUUUCAAAUCACAGCUAUUUGUAGAAGGUUUAGCACAAGGGAAUGUAACAUGUCAAGAAGCAAAGGAUUUCCUGAAUUACGUUGUGGAAAAGCUCCAGUUUGCUCCUCUGGCCCAUGCUUGCCCUGUUCAGUUCCGGGUGGUGGAUUUGCCGAAUAUGCACCUGCUCUGUAAGGUGAAAACGCUUAACAAAAAUGAUGCCAACUCUGAAGUGACAGUUUAUUAUCAGGCUGGGGCAAGGAGUUUAAGAGAAUGCGUUCUUACGGAGUUGCUUGUGACACACAUGGAGGAACCUUGUUUCAAUUUCCUGCGAACCAAAGAAACACUUGGCUAUCAUGUGUACCCUGCCUGCAGAAAUAAUUCUGGGAUCAUUGGAUUCUCCAUUACUGUAACAACACAAGCAACCAAAAAGAAUUCUGAAUUUGUUGACAAGAAAAUAGAAGAAUUUCUUUUCCACUUUGAGGAAAAAAUGAAGCUUUUAACUGAAGAUGCAUUCCGUGCUCAGGUCAGUGCUCUGAUCAAUAUUAAAGAAUGUGAAGAUUGUUUUCUUGGUGAAGAAGUGGAUAGAAAUUGGACUGAAGUGAUGAGUCAGCAGUAUCUUUUUGACAGGCUUGCCUGUGAGAUUGAAGCAUUAAAAUCAUUUACCAAAGCAGAUCUGGUUGAAUGGUUCCAAAUUCUCAGAGGAAAUUACAAAAAGAUACUCAGUAUCCAUGUUGUUGGAUAUGGUGAACAAGAACAGGACUCGGAGUUUGCAACUGUCUUAGAUGUUCAGCGUUCACUGCUUGGUGAACUCCCUCAGCUAACUUUUUUACCCCCUUCCUCUUAUAUGAAAAAUACUGCUUUCAUCAGGCACAUCAGCGAUUUCACAUUAACCCUGAACCUUCUCCCUUACCAUAAGAUAUUAAAAUGA